AUGUCUAGCCCCGUGGGUAAACAGCCUUACGGCGGGUGCUUCUGCCCAUACGGCCAAGCAGAUCCCCAGACAGACUCACCGGGAGCGCCGACGGUGUACAUGCCGUCGCCGACGUCAGGGAAUAUAUUGCCUACAAGGUCAUGUCCGGAGAGUCAUCCAAGCACUCAACAGCAAACGCCGAAGGCCAUCGCACAGUCACCGCUACAUCCCAGCGAUUCUGCUCCCGACCCUGGGGCUCUGCCGCGUUAUCGAUUUGUAUCGUGCAUGAUUUGCCUUCCCGGGCUAAUUGCGGGCUUGGUAACGCUCGCAACCGGAGUUGUGAGGAUUGUGCAAGCUUCCCCGUCUCUACGAUUGCCGCAGGGAAAAUUGCUCGAUGACAUAAAUGCUGACGCCUGGCGUAGUAGGCUUUUUGUCCUCAGUCCUGGAGAGAUUUUCGACCUGUGGGCUCCCCUUGUCUUCGGCAUCAUAUCUACGAUGACGCACUUUCGCAUGUUCGAAUUCACCCCAAUCACGAGGAGUUUCAAGAGGUACGCUUUGUGGAACUUGGCUCAAGCCAUGUGUGCUGAUUUCGGAUACUGCGGCGCUCUCGGACUCGCUGGAGGAGUUUUGUCGGCAUGCACGACCGUUCUAAGUCUGGUUGCGGCUAUCUGCUACAGCGAUGCCCAGGUCAGUAAAAUUACCCACGCUGCGCCUGUUCCUCUAGCGGAGGCUGUGCGCCAACCUUCAAACGACAUAAAACCGGUGAAUCUGGUACCAUUUCAGCCAGUCCUUCGGCUCGACAGUGGACUGCCGCAGUGUGCAAGGCACUCGCGAAAUGCAGGUCAAUCGGGGCCCGCUGCUGUUUAA